AUGAAGGCAUUCCGAUACUCCAGCGUCGAGUCGGGCAUGGAACUUAUUGACGCUCCAAUUCCUGAGCCCGGACCUGAGCAUGUCCAGAUUCAGGUCAAGGCCGCGGGCAUGUGCCACUCAGACUGCCAUCUUCUCAAAGGCCACUACGAUGCCUGGAUAAAGAUCCCUCUCAUAUGCGGGCAUGAAGUUGCUGGUAUAGUCACCAAAGUCGGCUCAUCCGUCAAAGACUAUCAUCCCGGUGAUCGGGUUGCUUGCCUCAUUAUCUGUCAACCUGUAGAGGAGCACGACUGGAAUUUUGCUGUUGGACUUGGAUUUGACGGAGGUUACGCCGAGUAUGUUUCAGCACCUAUCAACCGGCUUAUCAAAAUCCCCGAUAAUGUUUCCUUUGCCCAGGCCGCUGUGGCUAUGGAUGCACUGGCCACAUCCUACUUUGCUGUCAUGUCCAAGGCGGGAGCAAAUCCCGGAGUUACCAUGGGAGUCAUCGGCCUGGGCGGUCUUGGCAUGGCAGGCCUCCAGUUUGCCAUCAUAGCUGGGGCAAAAGUUUAUGGAUUUGACUUGCAGAAGCAUAAGCUUGAGGAGGGCCUGAAGCUAGGGGCGGCUGGCUGCUUUGGAUCCCUCGAAGAGCUAAAGGACGUCACAUUAGACGUCAUUGUCGAUUUUGCGGGUGUCGGUGUCACCACGGCUUCCGCAGUAACGGCUGUAAAGCCAGGUGGGACAGUAGUAGUGGUUGGAUUGGGCAACGAGACCAUGACCUUGCCAACCCAGAAUGUGGUGUUGAAGUCAGUGACUGUGGCAGGAACACUGGGGUCAGACUUGAGUGCAACCAAGGGAGUCUUGCGGUUGUUAGAGGAGAAGCGCAUUGAUCCAAUUCUUAAAGAAAUUCCCUUCCUAGACAUCCCCAAAGGCCUGGAAGAGAUAGAAAAAGAAGAGGUAGUGGGAAGAUUAUGGGCAGACCCAAGUAAAUAG